AUUAACUAGUUCUUCCCUAAACAUUCAUUAACGAACUACCUCCGCCUCUCAUUCCUCUAUCACAACUCUCCUUUCUUUCUCCAAUAAGAGAACACCCAAACACAAACCUCUUCAUCCUCUGUGAAUGCUCGCCUCUUGGUCGUAGUGGUCAACGUUUGCAGUUCGUGCCGUCUCUCUUCUUCGACUGGUUCGAGCCAGUGCCACUCAGUCGGUUUCGUCGGAACCAAGGCAAAGAAAUUAUAGUUAUCCCUUGAUCGAUGCAGAGUUAGUAGAAAAUGGGAUUUCUUCUUCCACUCUCUGCCAUCGCAGCCUCUGCUCUUCUCGUUCUUUGCUCCGUUUUCUUGCCAUGCCACUCGCAAGUUUUGUCGCUCGAUGAAGUCGAUGCUCUGAACACAAUAUCCACGAAGCUAAAUAAUACAUACUGGCCAAAGUUGUCCCAGACAUCGUGCAGUCGAAGCGGAGGUUUUAACAAUGUCAUAUACGCCUCCAACGUUCUUAACAAUGUCACUUGUAACUGCUCGUACAGUAAUGGUUCUGUCUGCCAUGUCACCAACAUUCAGCUUAAGGGUCUGAACUUGACCGGAAUCGUACCUGAAGAAGUGGGGAAACUUCCUUAUUUGCAAGAACUUGAUCUUACCCUUAACUACCUUAAUGGAACAAUUCCUAUCAACCUUACUCAGAUUCCGCUCGUCACAUUUUCUCUCCUUGGGAAUCGGAUCAGUGGAACAAUCCCGACGGAAAUUGGCAACAUUGUCACUCUCGAGGAACUUAUCUUGGAAGAUAAUAUGCUUGGAGGAGCUCUGGAUCCGAACCUCGGAAAUUUGAGCCAAUUGAGGAGACUCCUCCUCUCAGCAAACAACUUUUCUGGAACAAUACCCGAAUCAUUUGGCAAUCUGAAGAAUCUGACCGACUUUCGGAUAGAUGGGAGUUCUCUAUUGGGAAAAAUACCGGAAUUUAUUGGGAACUGGAUGAAACUUAUUAGACUUGACUCGCAAGGCACGGGAAUGCAGGGCCCUAUUCCUUCUUCCAUAUCUCUGUUAACAAACUUGAAGGAGUUGAGGAUUUCUGAUUUGGGUGGCUCGAGCUCACCUUUCCCCAAUUUGCAGAACAUGACCAACAUAGAAUACUUGGUUCUGAGAAACUGCUUAAUUACUGGUCCAAUCCCAAGUUACAUUGGCGAAGUAGGAGCAGCAAAUUUAAUACUUCUGGAUCUCAGUUUCAACAGAUUGACUGGUCCAGUACCGCCUUCAUUUGACAAUUUGGAUCGUCUAGAAGUCUUGCAUUUGACGAACAACUCACUGAGCGGAGAAGUGAAUUGGGUACUUAAUUGGGCACUUAACAACAAAAAGGACUUGGAUCUAUCCUAUAACAAUUUAACUGGCUCUUCUACAUCGACUUGCCAGCAGUCAAAUGUGAACUUGGUUUCAAGUUUCGCAUCCACAGGAAGCAACUCAAACGCUUGGUGCUUGAAGAAGAGCCUUCCAUGCUCUGGAAAACCCCAAUACCACUCCUUAUUUAUCAAUUGCGGGGGCCAGAAAUUGAAGGUCGAGGGGAAUGAGUAUGUGGAAGAUACAAGCAGAGGGGCGGCAUCUAGCUUCAUCGCUUUCGAUGAGAAGUGGGCCUACAGUAGCACCGGAUCUUACACUGGAACUAAUAACUUACCCUCCACUGUGAACAACCCAUUCUCUCUAAAUGUAACGGACUCGGAGUUGUACAAGACUGCCCGAGUCGUCCCAAAUUCUCUCAAAUACUAUGGCCUAUGUAUGAUGCCUGGGAGUUACAAAGUACGGCUUCAUUUUGCUGAAAUACAGUAUUCGGAUGACAAGACCUUUAGCAGCCUUGGGAGGCGAUAUUUCGAUAUAUCUAUUCAGGGCAAUGAAGUGUUAAAGAACUUCAACAUUAUCGAAGCAGCUGGAGGUGUCGGGAUCGGAAUAUAUCGAGAUUUCGAUAACGUCACAAUUACUGGUACCACUCUGGAGAUUCACUUGUACUGGGCGGGAAAAGGAACAACAGCUAUUCCAGAUAGAGGUGUUUAUGGACCUCUGAUAUCUGCUAUCACAGUGACUCCGAACUUCAAAGUCGGAGGAGGUGGACUAUCAACUGGUGCAAUUGUAGGAAUCGUGAUAUCCUCGGUCGCUUUCGUCUUACUCACAUUGUUAGUGUUACGAUUGGCAGGUCUUUUAGGUAGAAAAGAAGCCGAAGAUCCAGAGCUACGUGAUGCAGACCUACCAACAGGUCGGUUCACUCUAAGACAAAUAAAAGCUGCCACAGAAAACUUUGAUGCUGAGAAUAAGAUUGGAGAAGGAGGAUUCGGGCCAGUCUACAAGGGUAAGCUAUCGGAUGGAACUGUCAUAGCAGUGAAGCAACUCUCUUCCAAAUCGAAGCAAGGCAACCGAGAAUUUCUCAAUGAGAUCGGGAUGAUUUCCGCUCUGCAUCACCCAAAUCUCGUGAAGCUUUAUGGAUGUUGCAUAGAAGGAAACCAAUUGUUGCUUGUCUAUGAGUAUUUGGAAAACAAUAGUCUUGCCCGCGCGCUUUUCGGACGCGAGGAGCAAAGGCUUAAUUUGGAUUGGGCAACGAGGAAGAAAAUAUGUAUUGGAAUUGCAAGGGGAUUGGCUUAUCUUCACGAGGAGUCUCGGCUGAAAAUCGUUCACCGAGACAUAAAAGCAACCAAUGUGCUGCUUGACAAGGACUUAAAUGCGAAGAUUUCCGACUUUGGUUUAGCAAAACUUGACGAAGAGGAGAACACACAUAUCAGCACCAGAAUAGCUGGAACAAUAGGUUACAUGGCUCCUGAAUACGCGAUGAGAGGUUACUUGACCGACAAGGCAGAUGUCUAUAGCUUUGGUGUAGUUGCUUUGGAGAUUGUCAGUGGAAAGAGCAACACAAACUACCGCCCAAAGGAGGAAUUUGUGUAUCUCCUUGACUGGGCCUAUGUCCUGCAAGAGCAAGGAAACCUUCUUGAGCUUGUGGAUCCGAGCCUUGGCUCAAACUACUCUGAGGAGGAAGCGAUGAGAAUGCUCAACCUCGCACUUCUGUGCACAAACCCUUCUCCGACUCUCCGACCCCCGAUGUCAUCUGUUGUGAGCAUGCUUGAGGGCAAGAUUGCAAUCCAAGCCCCUCUAGUCAAGAGAAACACGAUGAAUCCUGACCCUCAAUUCCGAGCCUUCGAGAGGCUCUCGCACGACAGUCAGACGGACGCUUCUUUGUUCUCCCAGGACAGCCAACAGGUUCCAGGAAGCAGGUCUAUGGAAGGUCCCCGGGUCAGUUCGUCAGUUUCUUUGCCAAGUACUAGGAACGAGACUCGAGAUCAUUCUACAGAGACCAAACUUCUCCGCAGUCCUUAGGAUUCUGAGUCAAAUCUUUCAUGGGCAUAUGUUGCAGAUUAUUUCCAUCGAACAUAUUAUAUGUAUAGGAAUUAAAAGGCAAAGUAGAAUUAUGCGAGAUAGGAUUCCAAUAUUGAAACUGUAAUUCUAAGUUAAGUGAGAAGUCGGUUCAGAGUCCGUCUGAUCAUACUACUACUUUAAACUCAAAUGAUAAGAUGAUCCUUGUUUUGUGUUA